AUGGACGACAAGAAAGCUGGUGAAGAGAUGAUGGACGUCAAGUUGGCUAAGCCCGUCGAUGAGGUGGAGGAGGACGACGCCAACGCCGCAGCGACCAUGAUUACGGAUCGAGUAAGAGAGAAGAAACUGCUCCGCAAAAUCGACCUUCAGCUCCUCCCGAUCCUUUUCCUCAUGCUCAUCGCCGCCUUCCUCGACCGAAUAAACAUCGGAAACGCUCGACUGUUUGGCCUAGAAAGCGACCUUAAUUUGCAAGGAGACCAGUUCAACAUCGCCCUCUUCGUCUUUUUCAUCCCUUACAUCCUGUGCGAACUCCCGGCCAAUAUCGUUUUGAAGAACCUCAAGCCCCAUAUCUGGCUCACCACCAUGAUCGUAGGAUUUGGUAUCCUCACAAUCUGCCAAGGCCUCACUCGAAGCUUCGGCGGGCUUGUGGCUUGCCGGUUCUUUAUUGGUGCCUUCGAGGCCGGUUUCUUCCCUGGGUCCUUAUACUUGAUCUCCAUGUAUUACAGACGAUACGAAGUACAAACUCGCUUGACUUUCUACUGGUCGGCCGGUGUUUACGCCGGAGGAUUCAGCGGGCUCCUAGCCUAUGGCAUCGGUCACAUGGACGGGGUCGCCGGAUACCGUGCCUGGAGAUGGAUUUUCCUGAUUGAAGGCGCUGUCACCGUCUUAAUCGGUGUUAUGGCAUUCUUCAUCAUUCCGGACUGGCCGGAGACAGCGAAAUUUCUCAAGCCAGAGGAGCGAACCUUGCUUCUGUCAACUCUGCACGAGGACUCUGGACCGGCGGUCAUGAACCGCCUCGACAAGAAAGCCAUGAAGCGAGCUUUCUUGGACUGGAAGAUCUACCUUGGAUUCUUCAUGUCGCUGGCAUGGUCAGCGGCCGCGUACUCGCUCGCGCUGUUCACCCCAACGCUUCUCAACGGGUUUGGAUGGUCGCCUCUACGCACCCAGCUCAUGACGAUCCCAAUUUUUGUGGUUGGGGGCACCCUGUCCAUCAUCAUCGCAAUGCUGUCGGACCUUGCGAAGCACCGCUUCUGGUUCAUCAUCGCAAUGUAUCUCGGUACCCUUCUUUCCAUAGUCAUCAUGUUCACAGGAGCAAGGGUUGCCAUCGGCGUGCGAUAUAUGGCUAUCUUCUUCCUGGGCACGUGCAGUCCCACGGGAACAUCGCUCGCUGUGGGCUGGAUUAACAACAAUAUGGGCGGCCACUACAAGAGAUCUAUUGGCGUUGCAAUCCAGGUCGGCUUCGCAAACCUUGGAGGAAUACUCGCCAGUAACAUCUUCCUCAAGCGUGAAGCCCCUUAUUUCAAGACGGCCUUUUCAGUCCUGAUUGGCAUCGUCUGUAUGGGCAUUUGCAUCGCCGUGGCUUUCGUACUCUUGCUCAUUCGUGAGAAUCGCAAGCGCGAUAGGGGUGAGAGGGAUUACCGCCUGCAGCUGGCCGAGGAUGAGCGUGAUAAUCUUGGUGAUGAUCAUCCGAGCUUCCGCAUGGUAUACUAG